CGUGCAUCUGCCUAGAUCAUCCUACAAAAUGCGGACUUCGCAACUUGCCGCGUUCAGUUGCGGCUUGGCGACAGCUGCAGCGGUCAGUGUUGCGCGAGCCUCUGCGGCCGACAGCCUUCCUCGGCGCGAGUCAUACCUCGUCCCGCAGAAUGCCAACACUGCCAAGUUCGCUGUUGACGGCACCGCCCUCCCCGACGUCGGCUUCGACAUUGGCGAGUCAUAUGCUGGCCUGCUCCCUAUCAGCAACAAUGAGACGGACCGGUCGCUGUACUUUUGGUUCUUCCCUACCGCCGACCCGGAAGGCCAGGACGAGAUCACGAUCUGGCUGAAUGGUGGCCCAGGCUGCAGUUCGAUGCUCGGCUUGCUGCAGGAGCACGGCCCCUUUCUUUGGAUCCCGGGCACGCUCAAGCCAGUAAAGAACGAGUGGAGCUGGAACGGGUUGACAAACAUGGUAUACAUCGACCAACCCGUCGGCACGGGCUUCAGUACCGGCGCUCCGCGCGUGACGAGCGAAGAACAAAUCGCGGCCGAGUUCAUGGGCUUCUGGCGCAAUUUCAUCGACACCUUCAGCCUGCACGGCAAGAAGGUGUACCUGACAGGCGAGAGCUGGGCGGGCUACUAUGUCCCUUACAUUGCCUCGGCUAUGCUCGACUCGGCUGCGGCAACCGCUGCAUCCUCCAACUCGUCCAAGCCAGACAAGUACUUCAACGUCAAGGGCUCGCUCAUCUACAACGGUCUCAUCGGGGCCAGCGACACCCAGGGCGACGGCGAAGUCGUCCCGUUCAUUGAGCGCUGGUCCCAGUUCUUCAACCUCAACGCGAGCACCAUCGCCGAGGCGCGCGCAGUGCAUGAAUCAUGCGGCUACAAGGCCUACAAGGAGACCUACUUCACCUACCCGCCUCCUCAGGUCCCUUUUCCCUUCAACGAAGCAUCCUGGGAGGAUGGGUGCAGCGUAUGGUCGAUCGUCUACGAUGCCGUGCUGCGCAUCAACCCGUGCUUCGUCGAGUACGACAUCACCGCGCGGUGCCCGAAGCCGUGGAACGUGCUCGGCGAGACCGGCGCGAUAGACUACGUCCCCGACGGGUACGAGAUCUACUUCAACCGCACCGACGUCAAGAAGGCCAUCAACGCGCCGCCCUCGAAGCCGUGGUCGCAGUGCGUGAGGGGCGUGUACCGCGAGCGCAACGCGCCGUCCUCGCUGACCGUCCUGCCGGGCGUCAUUGAGCGGAGCGACAGGACCGUCAUCGCGCAUGGGCACUGGGACUUUGCCCUCAUCGACUCUGCCACGCGGUUCUCGAUCCAGAACAUGACGUGGGGUGGCAAGCAAGGGUUCCAGGAGGAGCCCAGGGACAAGUUCUUUGUGCCGUACGAGCUGAGCCACGACGGCAGGGCGGGCGCGGGGGAGAUGGGCAUCACGCACACCGAGCGCGGCCUGACGUGGGUAGAGAACUUUGGGGCGGGCCAUCUGGUGCCGCAGUUUGUGCCGGCUGCGUCGUACCGCCAGCUGCAGUUCCUGCUGGGGAGGAUUGAUAGCUUGACAGAGUAGUCUGUGAUGAUGGGACUUGAGCAUCAGUUGGACAGGAAUGGAACAAGCAUCUCAUCAUCUUGGAAACCCUUCUCGAUACACACUCCACACCUAAAUGAAGAAGCAGACCAGUCCGGAUA